AUGUUUGAACUGUUCGGCGGCACCGGACGUGUGGGUGCGGGUGAGGAGUGUCUGGUUGUGGCAGAAUGUGGUCAGAACCACAACGGAGAUGUGAAUAUCGCUAUGAAAAUGAUUAGUGAAUCUAAGCAUACAAUUCAUGCCAAUUGUGUUAAGUUUCAAAAAAGUGAUCUCAAGUCUAAAUUUAAUGUCAAGGCUCUGAGACGUCCCUACGAUAGCAUCAAUUCCUGGGGUCCGACAUAUGGCGAGCACAAGAGGUUUCUUGAGUUAACAGACGAACAGUUCCUUUACUUAAAAGAUUACGCCAAAAAUGAGGACAUUUUGUUCACUGCAUCUGCAAUGGACAGCAAGUCAUUGGAGUUUUUGGCGCAAAUAGAUGUGCCGUUCAUUAAGAUCGGGAGCGGAGACGUCGAUAACUAUCCGAUGCUUGAAAAGGCCGCCAAAUAUGACAAACCGUUGUUUGUAUCGACGGGAAUGCAUGACUUGGAAGUGGUUAAGACUGUCUACAACUUAAUCACACCAAUCAAUAAGAGGUUGUGUCUCUUGCACUGCGUGUCUGCAUAUCCGACACCCUUUGAAGACAUUAAUCUCCAAGUGAUUACUGAUUACAAGAAUUUAUUUCCAUCGGCAGUCAUCGGAUACAGCGGUCAUGAGUUAGGAACUGAAGUUAGUGUAGGAGCUGUUGCUUUGGGCGCCAAAGUGUUGGAAAGACAUCUAACUUUAGAUAAGACUAUGAAAGGGACGGACCACUCGUGCUCUUUAGAGCCUCAAGAAUUCGCACAAAUGGUUACUCAGAUCAGGAACUUAGAGGCGAGCACAAGAGACGAACAGUUCCUUUACUUAAAAGAUUACGCCAAAAAUGAGGACAUUUUGUUCACUGCAUCUGCAAUGGACAGCAAGUCAUUGGAGUUUUUGGCGCUAAUAGAUGUGCCGUUCAUUAAGAUCGGGAGCGGAGACGUCGAUAACUAUCCGAUGCUUGAAAAGGCCGCCAAAUAUGACAAACCGUUGUUUGUAUCGACGGGAAUGCAUGACUUGGGAGUGGUUAAGACUGUCUACAACUUAAUCACACCAAUCAAUAAGAGAUUGUGUCUCUUGCACUGCGUGUCUGCAUAUCCGACGCCCUUUCAAGACAUUAAUCUCCAAGUGAUUACUGAUUACAAGAAUUUAUUUCCGUCGGCAGUCAUCGGAUACAGCGGUCAUGAGUUAGGAACUGAAGUUAGUGUAGGAGCCGUUGCUUUGGGCGCCAAAGUGUUGGAAAGACAUCUAACUUUAGAUAAGACUAUGAAAGGGACGGACCACUCGUGCUCUUUAGAGCCUCAAGAAUUCGCACAAAUGGUUACUCAGAUCAGGAACUUAGAGCUGGCGCUCACACCACACAGACCUAAGAACUUAGAGCUGGCGCUCACACCACACAGACCUAAGUGUAGACAGGAGUCUGAGUGGAGUUGUUAUCGAAAACUCGGCAAAUCUAUUGUCGCCAAACAGUUCCUCUCGAAGGGAACGGUUUUGUCAUUAGAUUUAAUUGAUAUCAAAGUCGCCGAACCUUUCGGUAUAAAUGCGAGUAAAGUGUUUGACAUAUUGGGCCUCAGAGUUAAUAAAGACAUUGGAUUUGAUGAAAGCAUUCAAUUUGACGAUUUGUGUCAAACAGACUAA